CUUUUAUUAGGAGUUAGAGCCCUUUAAAACAAAAAUGGCGUCAGAGGCAGGUAGUUUGGAUGACAUUGUGGUCACCUUAAUGUCCAUGGGGUUUGAAAUAAAUGAUUGUCAAGAAGCUAUUACCAAUGGCAAACUUACUGUUCAGAGUGCAAUUGAUUGGAUUUUAGCCGGCAAACCUGGUAAUGUUGCAGUGACACAGAAAUCAUUAGUUCUAAACAAACCUAUGCCCAAUCAACUUGGAGGUGGAAGUAGCAACCCCUUUGUUCCCACCAAUGUUUCGGCAUUAACUCCUGCGUCAGACACGAAUAUGGAGUCGUCAUCUUCAGAGGCUAUGGGGGUGGAUGCUAGUGAUGACACAAUCGUCAGUAGGUGUCACUUGUCAGAGAAACAGCAACAGAUCAAGUUAAACUUCCAGGAGAAAGAGCGGCUUGAGGCCAAGCGUUUGGCCAGUGAAGAGAAAAAGAGAAAGAAAAAUGAACGUGAGAGAAUACUCAAAGAAAUUCAAGAAGACAGGGAGAAAGUGAAGUUAAUUAAGCAGUCCAAACUAGAUACUCCAUCCUCUGCUUCUGAAGUCCCACAGCUCAACACAGCAGUUAGAGAGCCUGCAGAUGGUCAGGAGGACCAGAACACUACAACAAGCAUUCAAGUUCGACUACCUUCUGGUCAAAUGUUCAGGCAGUCAUUUUCUGUUCAAUCCACUUUGUACAAUGUUUGGGAGAGUGUCUGUGCUCAGCUGAAUACUGCAAUCGUUGCUUACUGUGGAUUUAUUCAGCCAUUUCCGAGAAAGGAAUACUCACGAGACGAGAUGAGGCACACUUUGAAAGCAUUAGGACUCGUGCCUUCUGGUUCUCUGGUACUGAAAAAGAAAGAUGCAGAUCAAGCUACUCCUCCAGACCCAUCCACGAUGCAGUCCCCCAUCAUUAUGAGGGCCCUUGCCCAACUGGGUGAUGAAAGGGAGGAAGAAGAAGCAGAAGAGGAACAGGUGGUUGAUAGGCCUCCUCCUUUUAACUGGGGCAGAGUGUUGAGGCCAAACAGGGAUGAGCCAAUGGACGUUGGUUUGGAUGACAAUGAAGGGCAGCUCAAUAUUCUUGACCAGUUCCGGGGUGUAGCUGCACACCCUGUUGGUGGAGUCCACCCAAUAGUUGGAAACCACAGGUUUGAAGGUUUCGGUAAUCGUCUGGUGCCCGAGGGUGUACCUGGUGAUGAUAAUAGACAUUUAAACAGAAGGGCUCCUGAAAUGGCAGCUGAAGCAGCAGAAAACAGGUCAGCUCAAAACCAACCCAGUACAAGCCAAUCAUUACAGAGGAGCUCUUUCACCGAGCAUUUCUUUACUGUCCGCAGUCUCCAGGAUAUGUCCAUGUCUGUGUUAUCCCGCAGGUUCACUGACCCUCGUAAUCCCAUCUACUCCAUAUCGGGUCUUUCAGAAGAGAUACUCCAAAAGUUUUUAGCUUACCUGAAGAAGGAAGGGCUCUUAAAACCCAAGAUCUUACAUAUGUUACCAAGCUAUCUCCUAAAGCUGACUUUAGAUUUCUAUCCCUACACUACCAAUGAAUUAUUAUAUGCUGCCAGAAUUUUCGUCAAUCUUCACACUCUCAGUCUUAAUUCUUGUACACUCAUCACAGACAGUGGACUUAUUGCUAUUAAAGGAAUGAAAUCUCUGAAAGUAUUAAACUUAAGUGGAUGUAGUCAGAUAACAAAUUCUUGCUUCGCUUUCAUACAAGAAUUGAAGCAACUCCAGACUUUAAAUUUAGAAGGAACUGGUGUGACUGAUCCUGGCAUCAUUCAGUUUUCUGAAUCUGAGACUGCUGUACAGCUAGCACACCUGGACCUUGGACGGACAUCUAUUACUCAUGAAAUAUUUCCAUCUCUGCAGAAAAUGAAGAUGUUAAAAUCUCUUUACUUGAAGAAUACUAGGAUUUCCAGUCUGGCAGGGCUUGAAGCUGUGACCAGCCUUGAAAACCUGGACAUAUCAGAGACCAACAUUGUGACAGAUUGUAUCUUGUGCCUCACACGGUUGCCGCGCCUCAGCCACCUUAGCCUGACUGGAACCCAGGAUGUAAAUGGUGAUAGAGCUUUGGCUUACUUGAAAGAUAUGAAGUUGACAGCUUUGUAUUUGCCAUGCAGAAGUACCACAAGUGAUGCUGGUAUUUCAUAUAUCUCAGGCUUUCAACUCACGUCAUUGGACCUGACCAACUACAUCAAUAUUGGGGAUCCCAGUAUGCUCUAUAUCGGUCAAAUGACCAGUUUGAAGAAACUUCUACUGACCAAUACAAAAAUUUCUGAUGAAGGAAUGCAGAAUCUAACAAAGUUGGUCAACUUAGAAGUGUUAUAUCUUGAUCGAACUCUUGUCUCCAAUGCAGGAGCUGCUAUUAUUGUUAAUUUCAAACAUUUAAAUGAACUCAGUCUUUCAGCUACAAGUAUUACAAGUGAUUUUGUGAAACAAGGAGCUUUAAACCAGUGCAUCUACCUGACCAAACUCAAUCUAAGUAGGACUAUCAUUGGUGAUAAAGGAAUCCACAAUUUGAAGUUGCCAAAUCUGCUGAUGUUAAAUUUGGACUGCACCAGAGUUCAUCCCAGUUCUAUCAGUAUCAUAGAGUCCCAUUGUCCCAAUGUGAAGUCAGUGACAAUCGCCAACUUAGCUGCUCUCAACGAGGAUGAAGAGAAUUAAACACAGAACAAAAUUUGCUGUUUCCACCUGUUCUGCUGCAUGUUAAAAAUACACAUUUUCAGUAAAAACAAAAUUUUUAAGAAGUAGUACCCAAUGAUAAAGAUUAAUUUCCUUUGGUAUUUAAAUAUUUGUUACCCUUCUAAAAAAAAGAUUUGAGAUAAUAAAUGUACCAUUUUGUGUACAUUAGUUUUUAAUAUUACUUUGUAACAAAGUCAGUUUUUAGUAACCAAUGGCUGCCCUUGGUUUCUGGUCCUGAUUUUAGUUCAUUGGCCUAAUGUUCUGUGCAAUGUGUCACAUUGUAACACUAUCAUAUCAUAUUGUAGUGUUAAUCAUUAUUCUAUAUCUGUAAAAAUAACUCUAAUAGAGGUGAGCUCUAUGUACUUUUAAGAGAGAAGCAGCAUUGUGUAACUUUUGUUUCUUAACCAAUACACUUUAAUCCCCUAACAGUUCUACUGAACAAAGUGUGGCUAUCGCUACAUUAACUCUUCCUCAUUUUAUCUCAAGCAGCAAUGUUGAAACUAUUGUUCAUUUGCGGUUUAGAAAACCUUUUUAAACAAUGUUCCAUUCAUUUAUUUUUAAUCUAUUAACUGUAUGAUUGUUUAAGCUGGUGGGAAGUUUUGAAUAGAUCCUUCCCCCCCCCCCCCCCCCUUUUCUAAUUUAAACUUCAUCAAACUUUUCAUUGCAACAUCGAAAGAGUUUUCAAUUUUGACAUUAAUUCUAUCGCACACUUACACAAAACGACACAGAAAAAUGUGGUAAAAUUUCUUGGUUUCCCAUUCUGCAACUGAUAGUACCCUCCCAUAGCAUCCAAUUGGACAAUAUGUCAUCCAAUAGGACAAUAUGUCCAUGCUCUUUACAUUGUCAAGUUGUUAAAUGGAAGAAUGAGGGUAAAAGCUUAUAGAAUGACUCUUUACAUUCUUCACAUAACCUGGUAGUUCCAAUAAAAUUCUUUUCAAAUAUAUAUUUUUGCUUUAAGUUUAGAAGCGAAACCUAUGAACCUCAUUCACUAGUUGGUUGAAUUGGAUUCUUAAUUCAUAAAUUUUAUCCCUUUUUUUGGGCAUUUUAAUGAUGUAUAAAAUGUAUAAUAUUAUAUAAAGAUACUACCAUAUUUUGUGAAUAUAUUUUUAUCAAGUAUAGUGUAGAUUGAAUUAUUUAAAAAAAAAAACAUCUACCUGUAUAUAGUGUUACCAGGUACAUGCAUUUUGUAUUUGUAUCAUUGGAUCUGAUAAGAAUACAAACUCUAGCAUUAUGAAUGCAAGUCUGGGUGAAACCGUCAUGAAUGUAUUAGCAUUUCAAAAGUAUGCUUAAAAAGAAACGUUAUUUUUUUGUUUAUAUCCAAAGUUGAGAAGCUGCAAUGUUUGAUGAGAAUGUAAUUGACAUGAUGAAGUGUGACUGAAGCGUUGAACCGUUCUCUUUUUCAAUAAAAUUUGAAUUUGUA